AUGAGUACAACAUCGAAUGAAAUCAAUGAAAAGGACAACAAUCCAGCAUUUAUCGACUUAGUGAGAAGCGGACUGCCAUCAUCUAUUCGAAUAAUAUCUAGAAAAACCGUAAAAGAAAAACUUCAAGAAACAUUUUGUGCAAUAAAAACGGCUCUUAUAAAAAAAUUAACUGAUGUAGAAGUAGUAUCAACUACAGCAGAUCUAUGGAGUAAAAUGAAAAGGAGCUACUUAGGAAUAACAGUUCAUUGGAUUGAUUCUACAACUUUAAGAAGAGAAUCAGCUGCAUUGGCUUGUCGCCGAAUAAAAGCCAGGCACACUUAUGAUAUUUUAGCUAAAGUUAUCAAUUCCAUCUUCUUAGAAUAUCAUAUUCAAAAUAAAGUUUGCUGUACAACGACUGACAGUGCAUCAAACUUUGUAAAAGCAUUUCGAUGUGUUAGUCAUUUAUUAAAUCUAAUUGCUGUAAAAGAUUCAGAAAAGGCUUUAGAAAAUGAUGUAUUAUAUAAAAAACAGUACAGAGCAGUAUUCGCUAAGUUGACGAAACUAUGGAACAAACAAAAUCAGUCUACGCAGGUAGCUGACAGAAUAAAAGAGAUAUGUGGCGUAUACUUGAAAACUCCUGUUAUUACAAGAUGGAAUUCUACGUUUGAUUCCAUAGUUCAACUCGUAAAGUUUCUAAAACAUAAUUCAAAAGUUAUAAACCAAUGUCUUGAUUACUGUAAUUUGCAGAGACUGACUGAUAAAGAUAUUAAAUUCUUAGGAGAUUAUUGCCAGGUAAUGGAACCUCUGGCACGCGCACUGGAUAUUUUACAAAGUGAAAAUGGAAUAUUUUAUACACUACGCCAGAAGAAAGAAUUAAUAAUAGCAGCUUUUUUGCACCCGAAAUUCAAAUUAAAUUGGUUAACCGGAGAUAAAAAAAAAAUUGCUGCAAGUUAUUUGCAAGACUUAUUUGGAAUUCAAUCUAGAGAAAAUUCUCCAAAUGUUAAUCAACAAGCUGUUGAUCCUGAUGAUGAUUUUUUUAAUUUUCAUCCAAAAAAACAUUCUGAAGAAGAAGAAUUGCAAGAAUUUUUAAACUCAAACAACUCCUUUAUUAAAUACAACACACCACUUCCAAGUAGUGCAUCAGUAGAACGAUUAUUUAGUUGUGGAGGUUUGGUACUUACACCACAAAGAGGUCAUCUUAAUGAUGACACAAUGGAACAGCAACUUCUAAAAGUUAAUAAAAAUAUUCGAUGA